GGUCGCCGCCCGUGCCCCGCGCGCUGCCCCGCUUCGCGUCCGCCGCCACCGUCGACAAUGCUGCGCUGCGGCCUGGCCUGCGAGCGCUGCAGGUGGAUCCUGCCCCUGCUGCUGCUCAGUGCUAUCGCCUUCGACAUCAUCGCGCUGGCCGGCCGCGGCUGGCUGCAGUCGGAAGACCACAUCCAGACGUCCUCUCUCUGGUGGAAAUGCUCCAGCGAGGGCGGCGGCAGCGGCUCGGCGGAGGAAGGAUGCCAGAGCCUCAUGGAUUACGCGUGGGGAAGGGCAGCGGCCGCCACACUCUUCUGUGGCUUCAUCAUCCUGGUUAUCUGCUUCAUCCUCUCCUUUUUCGCCCUCUGCGGACCCCAGAUGCUGGUCUUCCUCCGCGUGAUUGGAGGCCUCCUCGCCCUGGCUGCUGUGUUCCAGAUCAUCUCGCUGGUCAUUUACCCUGUGAAGUACACCCAGACCUUCAACCUUCAUCUCAACCCUGCUGUCAAUUACUACUAUAACUGGGCCUACGGCUUUGGGUGGGCAGCCACGAUUAUCCUGAUUGGUUGUGCCUUUUUCUUCUGCUGUCUCCCCAACUAUGAGGAUGACUUGCUGGGUAAUGCCAAGCCCCGGUACUUCUACACCUCUGCCUAAAGCAGGGAAGCAAGAGGAUGACAUCGCUGCCUUGGAGAUCCGGAAAUCCGAGAUCCAUUCCAGAAGGAGAAACUGUCUCCCCAGGCUCCUCCGAACCUGUUCUCCAGCAGUGUGUGUAUUAUUCAGCUUGUUGCAAUUGCUCUAAUUUUUUGUAGCUUGGGAGACAAUGUUUCUCAACUAGUGUUACAGUUUCAUACCCAUCUUUUAUAUGUGUUUUGUGGAGUUUAAUGAGACUUGCUUCUUUUCAGUGAUCACCUAGUGUAAGGCAGUAUUUCCUUGUGUCUCUUUGUAACAUUUAUAGUGCAUUUGUAAAAGAAUAUGAACACGAAACUUACCACUUUCUAAAGCAGCAAGAGAAGCCUUCCAAGAGUUGGUGAUCUGAUCAAGUUCUUUUUCUUUUUUUCCCCAGAUGGGAUGGUUCUAUUAAGAGUUCCACAAAAGGGGGAGAUAUUAGUGAGCAUUUUUGGUGUCCAGUUAUACUGAAAGCAACGCCUAAAAAAAAAAAAAAACUAUUUUUCAAGCUUUCAGUUAUUUAAGGAAACAAAAUAGUUUCCUAAGUGCAUAUUACAGGUGAGGAAUUUUGCUGAACUUCACCUUGACUUGAUAUACCAUGUGGGAAAGUAUUUUCAAACUACCAAAACCCAUGGCAGUGGUAAGGCCCCUUUGAGAAGCGAAGUGCUAGGAUGAAAUUUUCUCUGUUAGAGUAGCAUAUAGGGUUAGGGUGAUGGGAAAUGCUGUGUUACUACAUCUGUACUGCUGUGUGUCUGUAUGUCCAGGGCUGGUGUAGACGGAUGGAGAGGAUGGAUGGGGUCUGGUGCAUCCUGACUGAUAGACAGGAAGAGGUUGUAUUCCAAAGCCUGGACAUUGUGUUUUCACAAAAGUGCCAUUUAGUAAGCUGAAGGAGAUGAAAUCACAUGGAUUUUUUAAAAAAAUCUUAGGUCUCACUGGGCUUGCGUCAUACAGAUACAGUUCUGAUAAAUGACAACUAGCAGAAAUGUACAUAUAGGUAAAACCUGGUCUUCCUUGAUAAACAGACUUAAAAUGACAUAAAACAUGCCAUAGGAAAAUUCAGGCAGGUGACCUUCUUUGAAUGGUAAAUAUGUUGGAUGUGUCAUUUUUUUUUUACCAUUUAUGUUAAUGUAAUGAAAAUCCAGUUCAAUUUAUAUAUACCAAAAUUAUUGUUUUGUAAGUUGCAAAAUAAGCCAUUGAAGUUUUUAUUAUGACUUUCCCCCUAAUAAACCAGGUAAUUAAAUCUUG